UGGUACUUAUAGGUAGUUCAAAUCGAGUUUCAAUGCUUGGCGCCGCCAUUCGUGCUUAUAAUUACUUUAGCCAAAGUUGGUGCAGUACUCAACAAUGGGAUCAAUACCUGAAUGGAUCUUUGCACACUGUACCUUUAGACAUUCGUCGGUACUGGAGAUAAAAUAAUAAUGUAUUCUACCCCUCGUCCUCUUCAUUCUCUUUUUCAAAAACAAUAAUCUCGCGAAUGUUUGGCUUCGAUGAUCAUUCUUUUCACUAUCUUUCUUUCCGCAAACAAUACCACUCCCGGCUUCUCACAACCCUCACUCAAGACACACCUAAAGCACCACGUGGGGCAACCAGAUGAGAACCCUCGAUUUUGUGACGUCGCACGUCUCACCUGUUUCACGAUUAAUUACUUUCAUUGCACUGGACAAACAUGGGUAACAGGAACUGAGAAACAGAUCAGAUCAAUCAGAUGAUCGGAGUUGAUUCUUUCCUUGACAGUUGGACUGGACAGACCAUAGUUAACAUUAAACAAUCUUCCACAUGUGCUUGGUGUUUUCGUGCUCGCGCGAAUUUCAUGUCCUAGGUAGUCCUGUGAUUUAAUCAAAAUUGAGUGGUUCUUCUUUUUUUCUCCUUAAAUUACCUAAUAUACGAGUAUAAUCAUUUUUUUUCUCUAUUAAUUGAUUACAACAAAACGUUCAAAAUGAAUGGCGGUAUGAGAUCCUGCUUUAAGCUCUUUUUGGAGAACUAUUUGUCCAAAACCAAUGGUAGUCAACAGUUUCAAAUCUACUCUUGAACGCAGUUUCUCUUCGUCCUCGACACAAUUUGCUACUGAAAAUACUCGUAUUUCCUCACUAGUUGAAAAGAAAUUAUUGAGGCAUGUAGAAGAAAAAAUCAGCAAUGAAAAGGAAAAGACAGACUCAGUUUGCGGUUUCGAAAAAAAAGUAGACAAAAAUUAUCUUAUUUUUAGCAAAUCUCUUAACGAUGAAACAAUUGCGGUCAAGUUCAACACCAAUCAUUAUGUGAAAGUUGAAGAUUACAAGGAACCCACUGAUAACGGCGACAGUGAACCUUUCAAAUAUAAAAUAAACCCGAACUUCAGAGUUGAAAUCAAAAGAGGCAGUGCUACCCUAGGUUUUAACUGCAUCAUUGAAGAUGAUCAGUCUGAUGAUGGUUACAUGAGUCCUGGAAAACAUGAUUCGAGUUCUGAUUAUUAUGACACGACCUAUCGCUACUUUACGCGUUCUCAUAACGCUUAUGAUGAUAAUUGCAGUGAGAAGAAGACCACAACAAUUUCCGAAGAAAAUGAGAAGUCACAGCCAAACGUUCACCAAUGUCCGGAUACGAGUAUGUUCAUUAUUCAAAAUUACGCAUUUAACGAAGGAUCACUGAACGAAAACAAUUAUCAGUGCUGUGGUGUUGGCAACGUAAGAGAUGCGGCUAUGUAUAACAUAAUGAAGAAUCUGUUAAGAGAGAAAGGCAUCUGCGACGAAUUUCUGUCAGAGGUUAUAUUCCAUAGUAAAAUUCAUGAAACCGAUAAUCAUAGGUUUUUCAUAAAAAACCUCAAGAAGUUCAUGAAAGGUGAACCAGAUUCCUCAGAGGCAGCGGUCGGCGUUUUUAUAGGUCUUUUCCUAUUCGCAUUUUUCUUGUACUUGGAAUAUAGGCGCAAAUAGAAACUCCGAUCGCGCUACAACUACUAACCCAUCAAAACCGGGUUUGGCGCGUUGGUUCGGCGUUCAUGUGUUCAGCGCAUUCUCACAAACUGCUCUAUAAUGACUAACAUUUGAAAGACAAUCCUGCAUCUUUCCUUGUUAUUGAAAUUCAUAUUCUGAUCAACAAAUUUUCUGCUCAAGGUGUGAAUCGAACCUAAACCCUGUGAGAAUAACGGAUGCUGAAUUUCAUUUUACCCUUAUGGCGUUUUUUCGAAAACUGAUUCAACCGAAAUCCUACUAAACCGUGACCAAUCGGCUGAGCAGGUCAAAAAUAGGGUACAAACCAAAUAAUACGAUUUUUGAUUUUUUUUCACAGAUAAAUAAUUACUGGAGAAAAUUUUGGAUUUUAACCGGUAUACGAAGAUUUGGGUAAUACGUGUCUAAAUCGAUCAAAAAGGUCGCAAAAAUGAUGCAUCCUAGUUUAUAAUUGCUGAAUUUCAUUUUUUUCCUAUUCACCAGAGUUUUUUUUUUAAAAACUGGAGAAACUGAAAAUCUGCUGGCGGCUCCAGAUCGGCUUGAAACAGUCUCCAAUCGACUCAGGAGAUCGAAAAUAGGUAUAAACCAAAUAUCAGCUUUCUAGGUCAAAUCCUAACAUAAUUAUCUAACUACCCUAUAGCUAUGCGAACAGAUACUCUACAAGGGUUUAAAAUCAUGUAAGUAAUGUGUGGUAUCAUCAAGUAGGUACACUAGAUUGUCAAUAUCAUAAGUAAUUCAGCUGUGGAAUUCAAAGCAUGGAAAGUCAAAUUAUGUACUCGUACAUAGGUACUUACAACAAUUUCUUUAAAAUCUUUUUUUCUUAUAUUUUUCUUUUCUCCCUAAUGUGCAUAAAUGAGGAAAAAUUGAGUAGGUAUACCUAAUUUUUUACGCACAUGAUUUUUUUUUUGAUGAUUUGCUGAAAUUUUAAAAUGUUAUUUGCAUGAAAUACCUACAUAUUGAACCUAAACGAAUAGAUAGGUAACUAAUUUUUGAAAAAAAUUAUUGAGCUUAAAUUUCUGGAAAUGAAUUUUACUUUGCUAGGUAAUAAAUUAGCAUGAAAAAAUAGAAUAAUUAUUGUUUUAAUGUGUAGAUGCAUGAAUUUUUGAUGAUCUGUUGAGCAGAUCAAUUUUUUUCAACUUACCUAUUUAUGAUACCUAACAAAUUGAAAACGUUUAAUUAUAUGUACGUAAUAAGAGUUCUCGAUAUGUAGUGUACAAUGAAAAAGGAAUACAAGUGAUAUCAGUGAAAAUACUGCUACCGCUUUCCAGACACUGAAUGGAAAGCAUUGAAAUUCUUACCUAAGUAUGGCAAAAUAUCGAAAGAUAAUCAUUUCUCAAAGAGUUGGUGCCAAGUUUUUGGUAAUCAUUGCCAAUUUCAGAUCAUUAUUACGUAUUUAUGGCGAUCCGCACAGGCAAAAUUCCAUUUCAUCAAUUAAAACAACUACUUACCUACUUUUCUACCGUGAAAUUUGGAUUUCAUCAGCAGUAGUAUAGGUAUAUCAAUAUCAUUAAUCAGUGAUUGUAAUUUGUAAUCAUUUUGCGGACGAAUAAAAUAAUAUGCUUAUAAAACUCGUCAACAGUUUGAAAAUCGAGACAUAGGUACCAAAAACUAAAUAGAAUGAUGGGAUAUUCCGCCCACUCUACUCUUGAAGGCCCGGAAACCAUCAAAAAUUGAUUCGAUUUUUCAUAGUUUUGAGGGCACGAAACUUCGAAAAUUGAUUCAAUUUUUCGUAGUUUGAGGGUCAUGCAAGCUCCAAAAAUUAAUUUGCUUCUUAUAGUAUGGAGACCCUGUGUAUUCUAGUAAAUAAUUUGAAAUACUUAUCAUAAUUUGGAGGCCACGUUAGCUUCUAAAGUCUACUUGAAAUUUUGUAGCUUGGAGCUCAUGUAUGUAGGUAAAUAAUUGCGAACUCCAAAAAAAAUGAUUCGAUUUUUCAUUAUAGUUUAGGGACUAUGCAAGCUGUAAAAAUCAAUUUGAAAUUUUGUAAUGGGUAGAUAAUUAUAAAGACCAAUACAAACACCAAUAAUUGAUUUGAGUUUUCAUAGUUUAGAGGCCAUGUACUUAAGCUACAAAAAUCAGUUUGAAAUCACGUAAUUUGAAAGCUAUGCAAACUUUAAAAAUUCAACGUUUUUUGAUGCAUUUUUCAAGAAGUUUUUUUUCCUAUUUUUUCAACAUCAAUCGCGGUAUGAAUUUUGAACCUAAAAUAACAUUACCUGUUUUUAAAACUGAUAUCACAAAUGCUAUUUAGUAUAGGUAUAGUUAUCAAUUUCCUUUCCUUUGGAGGAUGACGCAAUUACAAGUACCUAUUACCGACUCGUACAAUUAUUGCCUUAUUUUCUAUCUAAUAUUCUAACGCUAGGAGCAACUUCAGAAUGUAGGUAUGAAUGAUCUCACUAUUGUUUUAUCCCGAUGAUUUUAGACUUUUCCCCGUGUCUUUCCCUUCUGCAUAGACUGCAUAUCAAUACCUUAAACCUUCGUGGUGAAAGAAAAUAGAAAAAGGAAAGAUGAGAACCUCCGAUUUUGUGACGUCACAUUCGCGCGUGUUUCAUGAGUUAUUCUGGACCCGAACAGAUGAUCAGUUAACAUUAAAAUCUUCCCUGUGAACGGUGUUUUCGUGCUCGCGUAUACGCGUAUUUCAUGUGAAACUCGAGUGGUUUAUAUUUUUCCCCUUUAAAUUACCUAUAUUUAUAUGCGUUAAGUAUAAUUUUUUUCUUAAUCGAUUGGUUGCAACAUAAAGCAUUCAAAAUGAAUGGUAAUAUAAGACACUGCUUUAAGCUGUGCUCCAGCUCGAUUUUAUCAAAUUUGAAACAAAAUACUCAGCCGGAAAUGGCGAAACGACUGUACAACACUUUUUGGAGAACUAUUAGCCCGAAACCAAUGUUAGUUAACAAUUUCAAAUCUAUUCUUGACCGCAGUUUCUCCUCGUCCUCGGCACAAUUUUCUACUGAAAAUAUUUUCUCACCAAUUGAAAAGAAAUUAUUGGAGCACACAGAACAAGAAAUCGCCCAACCCCAAGGAGAGCAAAAAACAGACUCUAAAGUUUGCGGUUUCGAAAAAAAAGUAGAUAAGAGUGAUCUUAUUUUUAGCAAAUCUCUUCCCAAUCAAAAAAUUUUGGUCACAUUUAACACCAAUCAUUAUGUAAAGGUUGAAGACCACAAGGAACCCAUUAACAAUGAGACUGACGGCGAACCUUUCAAAUAUAAAAUAAACCCGAACUUCAGAGUUGAAAUCCAAAGAAAGAAUAAUACUACCCUUGGUUUUGAAUGCAUUCUUACUCAAAAUGGUACUAAUGAAAAUCACAUUCAAGAAUGCCCAGAUACGAGUAUGUUCAUUAUUCGAAAUUACGCAUUUAACAAAGGACAGCUGAACGAAAACAAUUAUCAGUGCUGUGGUGUUGGUAACGUAAGAGAUGCGGCUUUGUAUAACAUAAUGAAGAAUUUGUUGAAAGAAAAAGGCAUCUGCGACGAAUUUCUGUCUGAAGUUAUAUUCCAUGGUAAAAUUCAUGAAACCGAUAAUCAUAGUUACUUUAUAAACAACCUGAAGAAGUUCGUGAGCGAUGAAACAACGUGGGCUGUCUCACAGGAAGAAUUUAAUACUUAUCCGAGGAGAUUACUGAACUAUGUUUUAAUUUUCUGCAUAUUAUGGAAUUGUUACAGAUUUUGGAGGCUAUAAUUUAGUAGAGAGUAGAUAGUUUUCGGAUCAAGUUUGUGUCAGGAUGAAUAGGUACAUAAGAAAAUAGGUAAACGUAAAUAGGAAGUAGGAUGAAGAAUGAGAACGAGACUGGAGAUUGGGGAACGACUUUUAGGAUAAAUUAAAAUUUUGUGACUCAACACAUAGGUACUCGUAUGUUAUUGAAUACUUUGUUUUUCAUCAUCCGAAAAUAAAAAUACUUCUUAUUUAUAUUUGUAAUUAACGAAUUGUUAAUUAGAAAAGGAAAAAUAAACCAAGGGGCGGGACAUAGUCUCAAAAAGGUAAUAUGAUUCAAAAAUAACUCAAAAAUUCAAUAAUUCUAAAUUCUCAUCUUCAACUUAAAUCCGAUGAACUUCUAAAAGGAAAAUACAAAAAUAGGUGAAAGCUCAAAAAUCAAGCUAAUUCAAAAAUUUGGAGAAAGAUCAGAGAUCUCAAGAUUCAUAGGUAAUACAUAAUCGAAUCAAAUCAAUAUUAUACGUCAUACUUUAUCUAAAUCAAAUUUGCCUAUAUCAUAAUUUUAAAUCUAAGGGGAAACUAGUCAAUGUCGGUAAAUAAGUAUGUACCUCUACCUACAAACUAUUAUGAUAGCUGACGCUUCACGGAAAGAGUCUUUCCUUACAUACAUAUCUAUUUAUUCCACGAUUCCAUCAACAUUUUCAUCAUAGGUAAUACCAAUUUCAGUGAAAAUAUCGCCAGCAUUGAAAUACCAGUACCAAAAAUGAAUUCAAAGUGGUCAUUACUGUAACCUUUGAGCAAAGUGAAAAAUGAAUUGUAUGGUGCUUUGGAUGAAAUUCGAGUGUAAGCAUUUCUUGGACGAAUAAACGCUUAUGAAACUCACCAACAGUUCGAAAAUGAAGAUAAUGAUAUGGUACCAAAAUCUGAAUAGGUAGAUGAUGAGAUAUUCCGCCCACUCGCCUCUCAAAGGCCGUGCAAACUUCAUAAAAUUGAUUCGAUUUUUCAUGCAGUUUUAAGGGUACCUAUGCAAGCUUCGAAAAUUGAAAUUGAAUUCAAUUUUUCUUAGUUUGAGGGUCAUACAAGCUGUAAGAAUUUAUUCGUUUUUAUUUUGGAUGGCAUGCGAGCUCCAAAAAUUAAUUUGAAAUUUUAUAAUUUGGGGCCGAUGCAAACUCCAAAUAUAGAUUUAAUUUUUCAUAUUAUGGAGCCCAUGCAAACUAAAUUUAUUCGAGUUUUCAUGGUUUGGAAGCCAUGCAAUUGCGAGUUCCAAAAAUGAUUUGAUUUUUCAUGGUUUAGAGACCUUGCAAGCUGCAAAAAUCAAUUUGAGAUCUCGUAAUUUGAAGGUCAUGAAAACUUAAAAAAUUUAAUGCUUUUAGAUGCAUUUUUCAAGUUUUCCCGCACUCUUUCAACAUUGAUUUUAUCAACCUAAAACAACGUCGUCUGCUUUUAAAACUGAAAUCACGAAACCUAUUUUGUAUACAGUUGUCAAUUUCCUUUCCAUUGGGGGAUGUCGCAACAAGAAAUAAAAUCACGAGUACAAAUUCUUGUCAAAUCUUCAUGAAGUAGGUCUAGGUACCUAUACUUAUAUGUAGUUCAAUUCAAUAUCAAUUUUCACUGACUGGCACCGCCAUUCCUGUUUAUAAUUACUUUAGCCAAAGUUGGUACAGUACUUUAACAAUGGGAUCAAUAGAUGGAUCGUUGCACGCUGUAGGUAAGUACAUUAGUACAUAGUAGUACUUUAGACAUUAGGUACUGGAGAUAAAGAAUAAUGUUUUCUACCCCUCGACCUUCUCGAUCUUUUUUUCAAAUACAAUAGUCUCUACUGUUUGGUCUUGAGGAUUUUAGGCAUUCUUUUCCCUAUCUUUCCAUCUGCAAACAAUACCACUCCCCGCCACGCACGUCUCAACCCUCGAAACCGAAUCACACCUAGAGCACCACGUGGUGUAACCAGAUGAGAACCCCCGAUUUUGUGACGUCGCACUCACACCUGUUUCACGAGUGAUUUCUUUCGUUGGACCGUUAGACUGGACAGAUCACAGUUUGUUAACAUCUAAAAGUAGUCCACGUGCGCUUGGUGGUUUCGUUCUUGUAUCAUUUUAUGGGUACUAGUUUGAUUUAAUUAAAAUUGAGUGGUUUUUCUUUUUUCCUCUUAAAUUACCUAACCAUAUUUAAAUUAUCAUUUUUUUUCUUAAUCAAUUGGUUGCAACAACGCGUUCAAAAUGAAUAGUGGUAUGAGAUCCUGCUUUAGGCUGUGCUCCGACUCGAUUUUAUCAAAAUUGAAACAAAAUAUCCAGCCUGAAAUGGCGAAACAACGACUGUACAGCACUUUUUGGAGAACUAUUAGCUCAAAACAAAUGGUAGCCAGUAAUUUCAAAUCUACUCUUGACCACCGUUUCUCCUCGUCUGCGACACAAUUUGCUACUAAAAAUAUUUCCUCACCAGUUGAAACGAAAUUACUGGAGCAUGUAGAAAAGAAAAUGCCCAAAGAAAAGGAAAAUGCAGACUCAGUUUGCGGUUUCGAAAAAAAAGUAGACAAGAGUGAUCUUAUUUUUAGCAAAUCUCUUCCAAAUGAAAAAAUUUUGGCCAGGUUUAACACCAAUCAUUAUGUAAAGGUUGAAGAUUACAAGGAACCCAUUGGCAAUGAGACUGGCGCUGAUAGUGAAUCUUUUGAAUAUAAAAUAAACCCGAAUUUCAGAGUUGAAAUCACAAGAGGCAGUACUACACUAGGUUUUGAUUGCAUCAUUCAAGAUGAUCACUCCGAUGAUGGUUGCAUAAGUUCUGGAAAAUAUGAUACGAGUUCUGAUGAUGAUGGUUGUAAUCAGAAGAAGAUGGCAAAAAUUUCCAAAGAUAAUGAAAAGUUACAGCCAAACGUUCUCCAAUGUCCAGAUACGAGUAUGUUCAUUAUUCGAAAUUACGCAUUUAACGAAGGACAACUGAACGAAAACAAUUAUCAGUGCUGUGGUGUUGGCAACGUAAGAGAUGCAGCAAUGUAUAACAUAAUGAAGAAUUUGUUAAGAGAGAAAGGCAUCUGCGACGAAUUUCUUAGUGAAGUUAUAUUCCAUGGUAAAAAUCACGAAACUGACAAUCAUGGUUUUUUUAUUAAAAACCUCAAGAAAUUCAUGAAAGGUGAAACAGUUUGUGGACCAUCGGGUCGUGUUGCUGUUUUCCUUGCGAAUUCACGUGCUGUUCAAUUAUUAGUUUCUGCUGGUCUUCUUGUAUUUUGUGCAUGUGCUUUUGUAUUAGUAUUUUCUGCUGGUGUUCUUGCAUUUAUUGCAUAUGCUUCUGGAUUAGCUUACGUAUGCUAUAAGUACCUAGGUAUAUAGGUAUUGAACUAAACGAAUAAAUUUGAAAACAAAAUUAUUGAGCCCAAAUUUCUGGAAAUGAAGUUUACUUUGCUAUAGUUAAGUAACAUUUUUUUUUUACAAAACUGUUUCAACACCUGUCACGAAUUCUUCAUUUCUGAAUUUUCAAAAAACGAGGAAAAUAAAUUUUAAAUAUAUUUAGGUAGUUAUUCUGUGUAUUUCAGAAGAAAAAAUUUAAAAUUUUGAAAUUUGAGAAUUUACUUUUCAAUCAUUUACAUAUCUACGUGAUUCAACAAUUUCCUUCCAAAGUAAAAAUAAUUUCUAAAGAACUUGUGUAUUGUAUGGAAUCAUCAAGUACCUACAUUCUAAUACGAAUAUUGUUACUUAAUAUCAAAGUUACCAUACGCAGGUACUUAAUUCAAAUUUGAUAAAUUUCCAAAGUUUGAAAUGUCAAAUUUCUAUCUUCACAACAACUGAUAUUUUAUCUUAUAUUUUUUCUGUAUGAUGAAACAUGAAAAAAUAGACAAAUUUUUGUUUUAAUGUGCACACGAUUUUUUGAUGAUCUAGCUGAGCAGAUCAGUUUUUUUCAACUUAAUACCUACCUACCUUUCAAAAUGUUUAAUUAUACAUAAUAAGAGUUCUUAAUAUGUAAUGUUAGUACAAUAAAAAAGGAAUACAAGUGA